GUCUGCCUUGCUUAGAGUCAGUGUGGGAACUAACAUUAACCUGGUGGAAUAAUGGCACAUAAUGAAACACAUCCCCUUUUGGAAAUACUAAAAACUAAUCUUGGUGAUAUGAUUCUAGCCUUCUGUUUAUCUAUUCUUGUGGGCCUGAUGCUGGGUGCGUUGGUCUACGUCCUGUUGACCUGGGCAUCCAGGCGCACAGCCACCGCCAGGAUCACCAGGCGCUCCAAAAAGAAGUCUGGCACUUCACGAGCACAAACCCCAAUGAACAGCCCGCUAGGCCUUUACCGAAGCACUUUCCUGAGUGUCUACAGACAACCCUCCCUGGAGCCAGUGGGUCCUCUGGGGAGCAAACCUGGGGCAGAGACCUCCACCUUUCGCCCGCAGGCCAAGAGGAGCAGGGCUGCGCUGGAGUUAGGAGAUGACACUCAAGUCACCAUGCCUGAGGAUACAGCAGCUUCAAACUCAUCGGAUUCAGCAUCCCUUGUGCCAAACAAGAGGCAUUCCUUCUGGUUGGGCGGCAACGGACUUAAGGGAUUUCUCCCCUCGCAAACUCCCCCUCCUGCCUAUGACAGCGUCAUCCAUGCCUUUGAAGAGACUUGCACUUGAAACUGUCAGCAUAACAACAACAACAUGUGGACAAGUUACAGUGGACUCUCUGCUCUGGCUGUCUUCUGCUCUUUUAAAAAGGACAGUCAUGUCUGCAUACUGGGAGAUCAGACCUUUUCUGCCACUUUACAGUUUGUCCUUAACUGAUUUUGCUGCACAUCAGCCAUGAAAUGUCAGCUCAGUAUAUAUGUUAUGAAUUAUAAAUAGCUCAUGACCAUUGCAGGGCAUCUCAUGACAGGGACCAUGUUGUGGUCCUUCAGCUGUAGUCUGGGUGUAGAUUUUGCUGUAAUCAUGUGAAGAUGAGGGGAAACACUGUGUGCUAGAUAGUUAUAUUAUCUAAAAUCACAAUAAAGAUUUAAUGGUGAA